GCCAGUUUCAAGGAUAAGUGGUGCAGGGCAAAUAUUUUCCUCAAAUAUUUGCCUUUAAUCUCCAUAUGCGAUUCUGUUGACAAGUGAACGUGUUAAACCAAUUAAAAACAGGCGGAUUUGUUGGAGUUAUGUUGUUCCGGGCCACUUUCAUUUGUGCCGAAAAUGUUUGGAAAGUGCUUAACUUUCGUCUCAUGUCAUAAAUCAUCGAAUUUGAAGCUCCCGCCCCCGCUCGGCCAAUCACAGCCGCGUCUGGCUGGGUUUUCCGCCUUAUCGCAUUGGCACGCCUGGAAUCCGACAUAACCCAAUAUUCUUGAGUGGUCCGUGGUUUGACUGUGGUGUUGUCUUGGUGGAUUUCGGCGCAUUUCGGCGAAAAAUCCGCACUGUGGGUGCAAAUUGGUGCAAAGCGCGCUCGCCUCACCCGUUUGGUGUUAUGUUCAGUGCGAAUCAGUGCGUGGUUUGAGGAGGAAUCAUGGCAGGAAUCUUCGAUAUUGAGUUACACGACGGGCUGCCCCAGAGCUCCGACGACGAGGACGAUGCCAUAGACAUCGCAGAGGAUCAAUACGACGAGCAGCCAGAUGUUUCCGACAUGAUUGACACGGCCGACACCGAGCGGGUACAGGUGGACGAGCAGAGCGUGAACAAGGGGAAGAAGAUCGGGAACGAGGAUUUCCGCAUACUCAGCGUCUUGGGGAAAGGGGGCUACGGCAAGGUGUUUCAAGUGAUCAAAGAGACGGGAAGCGAUAAGGAAAGCAUUUACGCGAUGAAAAUCCUACACAAGGCUUCCAUUGUACGCAACCAGAAAGACACUGCACACACUAAGGCUGAACGCAAUAUUUUAGAAGCUGUCAAGCAUCCUUUUAUAGUCGAAUUAAUUUACGCCUACCAAACGAACGGCAAACUCUAUUUAAUACUAGAAUUUUUACAAGGGGGCGAGCUCUUCACCAUGCUGGAGAAAGAGGGGCUCCUGUUAGAAGAAACAGCCAUUUUUUACCUAUCUGAGAUUUUACUCGCCAUAGAACAUUUGCAUUUUCUCGGGAUCGUUUACCGGGAUUUGAAGCCGGAAAACGUCCUGUUAGAUUCUAAAGGUCACGUUAAAUUGACCGAUUUCGGAUUGUGCAAGGAACAUAUCAGGGAUGGUGUUUUGACGCAUACUUUUUGCGGAACAAUUGAAUACAUGGCGCCUGAGAUUUUGACGAGGAGUGGGCACGGGAAAGAGGUGGAUUGGUGGUCGUUUGGGGCUCUGGCCUACGACAUGUUGACGGGAGCUCCACCGUUUCAAGGUGAUACUCGUAAAAAGACAAUAGAGAAGAUUCUCCGAGGUAAAUUAUUCCUUCCGCCGUACCUAACCCAAGACUCCAAAGAUUUAAUUCGCAAAUUAUUGAAACGUCAAGUCAGCGCCCGUCUGGGCACUGUCGAAGGCGCCUCGGCAAUAAAAAAUCAUCCAUUUUUCAAGAACGUCAAUUGGGACGACGUUCUCGCCAAACGAAUAACGCCACCAGUGCCCGAAAGUAUGCUAAAAAAGAAAGAGGACGACACGUCCAACUUUGACUGCAAAUUCACCAAACAAACGCCGGUCGACUCGCCCGACGACUCGACCCUGAGCGAGAGCGCCAACGAAGUCUUCAAGGGUUUCACCUACGUGGCGCCCUCUGUCCUCGAGGACAUGUACAAGAGCAGCGUCAAGAGCCGGCCUCGACGCCAGCAAAGCCGUCUCGAGACGCGCACGCCCUCUCACAUCGUCGACCACAACUACGUCAACAACCACGGCGAGCAAUUUCGGGUGGAUAACACGUACUUGAAUAAUCACGUGGCCGCAGGCCCCGCCCGCUUCGAGCCGUACAACCAAUUGGACAACCACGUCCGGGGGAUUCCCAUGAAUGUGAACAAUCACGUGAUUGCGGGCCCCGCCCCUCGGGUCAUCAACCACUUUGAGCCGUUCGGCCAAUUGGAUAAUCAUGACGCUGUGAUGGGCGGGCCCUCGAUGGAUACGAAUUCGGUUAGGUUAGAUAAUUACACGGGGGCGGCACGGCCGCCCCCGCCGUUUCAAGUCCGCAAUGCGAAUAACGACGACUUGAUGUUUAUCGAUCGCAGGCUUUCGAUGAUGGAUGUCAGUCAUGAUCUACCUCCUGUAUAAUAGUGUGGCAUUUUUGGGUUCAAACGCAAUGUUUAGUUCAAUUUUGUUUAUAUAAUUUAUUUGUUGUGGUUACCAAUAGUUUAAUCGAGAGGAAAGUGGACGUUGAGUGAUUUUAACUUAAUUAGAGAAUUAUAGUUAGGUCAAUUUUUUCUUUUCGUUACCAAUAUUAUUUAACCUUGCCGCGGAUAACAUUAUGAUGAUUCUCGAGAUUUGAUUUCUUCGUGGAGAGAUGUCGUAGGUUAAGGUUCGUUGUUUGGUCAAGUGUGUAGUGCACUCGGAACGCAUUGUAGAAUUGUAAAAAUUAAUUGUUGUAAAUUAACUAAGUUGUCUCGUGGAGUUCUUGGAAAGAUAGUUUCGGUGUGGUUAACGGUUGGCUCUCCAAACCGGCACUAAUAUAACUGUAUCGCGUUUUAUAUCAAUUUCUCCUCUAAGCUUUGUAUUGUUUUUUAUGAUAUUUAAACAUAUUAGGUAGUGGUGGGGCUUCAAAUUACUUAGUUAAUUUUUUUUUUGAACAAAAAUAAUAAAAUUAUUAUAUGACAAGGUGCUUUUAUUUUAACUUUCUUUCACGUUAUUUACGGGUUGUUUUAUUUAAGUGUAGGUAACUCACCUUGCACUCUAAACUUUCAAAUUUGUGUUCGAAAUGAUAUUACGAAACCCCUAUGAGGUGCAAAAAUGUGUUCAUUAUAAGAUAAAUUUACACCAAUAUAGACUUUUUUAUACAUGAAUGUAAACGUUAUAAUUGAAGCUAAAAGUGUUUAGGCACAAGCUGGUCAUAAUUUGUGCGAGAUGCAAGGUUGGUUAUUGUAUAGAUGAUGUCUAAAGAUGUAGUAUAAUUCUAGUUAAGUGGAAUAUGUUAUUCAUAUUAAUCUUUUAUAUACAUAUUUAUCUUCAUACUUAAAUAAUUUAUAUUUUACGAUAUUUAUGUUGGGUUUUGGCCCAUCCGAAAAAUGGGUGAUAUUGUUUCAAGCUGGGUUGAUUCUUAUUUCCCCGAGAAGCUCAAUUUUGCGUAACGAUUUUAUUUAUCAAUAUGUUUGUAACAAAACUACUAAUAAAGUGUAAUAAAUA